GCUGACUAUCCGUCUUCCGGGUUGUGGGUCAGUGUUGACUGAGCAGCUCGUCUCUGAAGUCUCUGCUGUGUGGAGCCGCCAUGAACGCCUCGGACAGUGACGAGGACUCCUACAACGAGAGGACGGCGUUGGUCCCGUCUGAGAAUCCAGCCAUUCCGUCCUACACACCGGAUUCUGACCUCGACCCGCCUGUCGACACCCCGUCCAAAAGGUCGGGGGUCAGCAGGAGGGCGGGUCCGGUUGCCGUGGACGGCGGUGGUGGCGGCGGUUCGGAUCAGGAGGCGGACGCAGACGACGAAGAGCUGACUCUGAAGUACGGAGCCAAACACGUCAUCAUGCUCUUCAUCCCCGUCACGCUCUGCAUGGUGGUGGUGGUCGCCACCAUCAAGUCGGUGGGCUUCUACACGGAGAAGACCGACCAGCAGCUGAUCUACACGCCGUUCACAGAGAACACGGCGUCCGUCGGCCGGCGGCUCCUCAACUCGGUCCUCAACACCAUCAUCAUGAUCAGCGUCAUCGUGGUCAUGACCAUCUUCCUGGUCGUCCUCUACAAGUAUCGCUGCUACAAGUUCAUCCACGGAUGGCUCAUCCUGUCCUCCCUCAUGCUGCUCUUCUGGUUCAGCUUCAUGUAUCUGGGCGAGGUGUUUAAGACGUACAACCUGGCGGUGGACUACCCGACGGUCGGGGUGAUCAUCUGGAACUUCGGGGCGGUGGGGAUGAUCUGCAUCCACUGGAAGGGCCCCCUCCAGCUGCAGCAGGCCUACCUGAUCCUCAUCAGCGCCCUCAUGGCCCUCGUCUUCAUCAAGUACCUGCCCGAGUGGUCGGCCUGGGUCAUCCUGGGCGCCAUCUCCGUCUACGACCUGGUGGCCGUCCUGUCUCCUAAAGGUCCUCUCAGGAUGUUGGUGGAGACGGCUCAGGAACGCAACGAGCCCAUCUUCCCCGCGCUCAUCUACUCCUCCGCCAUGAUGUGGACGGUGGGGAUGGCGAGCCCGGCGGACGCUCAGCGAUCAGGACAGGAAACAGACGAGGAGGCGGAGCAGAGCAGCCGAGGGGCGGAGCCUGAGAACAGACAGCCCAGGUCGUUUACUGAAGAUGACCUGGAGGAGGACCGAGGGGUGAAGCUCGGUCUCGGUGACUUCAUCUUCUACAGCGUUCUGGUGGGAAAAGCUGCAGCGACCGGUGGAGACUGGAACACAACACUCGCCUGCUUCGUGGCUAUUCUUAUCGGUUUGUGCCUGACUCUGCUGCUGUUGGCCAUCUUUAAGAAAGCUCUGCCGGCGCUGCCCAUCUCCAUCACCUUCGGCCUGGUCUUCUACUUCUCCACGGACUUCCUGGUUCAGCCCUUCAUGGACAACCUGGCUGAUCACCAGUUCUACAUCUGAGAGGAAGCCCCGCCCACCUCACCUGCCGCCGCCUCCUCGUCACCAUCGUCAUCAUCGUUAUCUUAUCAGAGACUACUUCCUGGGAGCUCGAUGCGUUCACUGAACCACAGGAAGUGAUGUCAUGCACACAGAGGACAAAUGGUGGCGGCGGCAGGUCACCUGCUCAGGUGUGUUUCUGAUCCGUGACGGCUGCGUGUGAUUGGCUGACGCUUCCGUCAGUCAACUGACGUCCUGUAAAUAUUCUCUCGUUACUGUCUCUGUCCUGAUUGGUUCUCACAGCCGGCUGUACGUCAUGUGACCUUCAACACUAAACCAGCUGGUUGUGAUUUGCUGGUCUGGGAUCUGAUUUUAUCAAUAAUUUGUAAUAAUCACUUUCUGACACAAUAAUUUAACUGAAACAAACCUGCAGAAUAAAGAAUCCUCACGUGUUUAGGAUUCUACAACUCCAUUAAGAGACUAAAUGUCCAACAGAACUUUAAUAUUUCUUAUAAGUGUAUCAAUCAUUAUGUAGCUAUUUCAGCAGAUUGAGAAAAAAACAUUAAUAAAAAUAGUAAAAAAGAUCUCCAUAGAUUAAAUCACUUCUUUGAUCUGUAAAAUGAAACCGUUAACAGAUCUGAUCCGGGUUCAGAACAACGGUCAGUAAAUCACUGAUCAAUAAUCCGUAGAUGUUUUUAUUCUUCAUAUGUUGCACUAGAUAAAUAUAAACGUGGGGUUGAGAGAAAUUAUAACAUUUUAUACUAUUUUCUGAUAUUUUAUAGAGAAAAGUUUAGUAGAGAAAAGUUAAUCAGCAGAUUAAUCAAUAAUCUUUAAUUCAGUGGUCACGUGACCUGUAACUGGGCUCAACUUUGGUUCGGUGUCUCAGGGACACGCCGGGGAUCGAACCUACGGUCUGGUUAAAGGACGACCCGCUCUGAAGGAGGUCUGGU